AUGCAGCAGCUUCUUGAACGAAUCCCCCCGAGCGCUAACAAGGAUUACUGCCAGAAGAUGGCCGUCGAGGGCCUAGGAGGCAUCGGAAAGACCCAGAUUGCCCUUGAGGUCGCCUAUUAUGUUCACGAUCAAUAUCCUGACUGUUCUGUUUUUUUUUGGGUUCCGGCUGUUAACGCUGUCAGUUUCAAUGACGCGUAUCAUCAGAUUGGGGACCGACUUCUUCUUCAGGGGCUAGAUGAUGGCAAGGAAAACAUCAAUAAGAUGAUUCAGAGUGCUCUUAAUCGUGAGAGUACCGGAAAUUUGCUUCUGAUGAUCGAUGAUGCCGAUGAUCUGAAGUUGCUAUUCAACGACAAUGCGCCUUCCGGCUAUAUUCCGUUCAGUCAGAAGGGGUCUGUCUAUCUUUAUUACCACCCGGAAUCAUGA